CUACGAUCGCGAAGCGACGCUCCGACGCGAGUUCCCGACGUUCGCUAGCCAACAUAACACGUGCCUAUCAUACAAAAUGUUCCACGAACGGCAAGAUAUCAAACUAAUCCGUUUAGUUAAAGAACAACCAAUAUUGUACGAUGUUAACCAUUCCAAAUAUAUGGACUUUAAUACGAGAGAAGUCGCGUGGCAAAAGAUAGGAGACGAGCUACAGAAGUCCGGCAGUGACUGCAAAAUACGUUGGGUAAACAUAAGAGAUGUACACAGACGUAUUUUGAAGAAGAAUCUAUCGGACCCCGUCCACCCGCCGCGCAGGUACAAAUAUGACAAUGAGAUGGAAUUCAUGAAGUCCUUUUACAAAGACGUGGUGAUUCUAUCCAUGGAUGAUGAUGAUGAUGAUGAUGAUGAACAAUCAGACGACUGGCAGAAGUCGAUCACUGAGACAGCCGGGGUUGGAGCUGAAGAUGAUGAGGACGAAGACUUGGAGACAGUUCCUAAAAAGAAAGCUAAAGCAGCAAAACCAAGGUCUAAGAAGAAAAAAGAAGUUAAUCAAUCAGCUUUUGAAGAAGUUAAUCAGACAAUGCCGAGUUUCAGUGAGGCUCAGCCUUCGGAACUCGACCCUGCAGACCCAGUUGAUGCGUUCCUGUUAAGCAUUGGUUCGACAUUAAAAACUUUUUCGCCGUAUCAUUUGAAUGUAGCAAAAUCGAAGAUAUUUGCGGUCGUACAAGAUCAUGAUUUGCAGCAAAUAGUUGAGAAGAGACAAGAAAACUCUGAAAAAGUGACUACGAGUGAUGCUUUGUUUGAUCAAUAAAUUAAGAUUUUAAUGUGAUUUAUAAACGUGUAAGAUUACUGAGGUUGACGUUAUUAGUUAAGCAAGUGACUCUAAAAUGUUGUGUGUUAAAAUAAGUCUAAGCUUAAGAUACUCAGUAUUUUAAAGUGACUCUAAAAAAGGGAGGUUUUAAAUUUUUCUGUUUUUAUUUUUCCAGUUGUGUUCAAUUGUGUUUCCCAUUUUUUUUUUUAAAGAAUAUGUCUCUUUCUUUGUAUUUCGUGUUCUUGGACUCAAAGUAAUGAAUAAAUAAUUUUAAUUUCUAAUUUGUUUUGUGCACUGAAUGUCAAAAAAUUUUGCUCUACUUGUUCAAACGCGGAUAACUGUCGAGUUUCCAUAGUAGUGUCGAGUCGUGAGCGUCGGUCGAUAACUCACACACACAGCGGCAGCGUCGCGUGGCCUCCUCGGAACAGCCGCACACUAUGCGACACGAGACGACUGGCUGCCGACUUUUUUGUCGCACUCACGUGUUGUUUCGUAUCAUUUUGGCUUUGUUUUGUAAAAAAUCAUAAUCUUUCUUGACUAAGUAUUCAAUAUCAUAAGGAUUCCAUUUUUGUUUUAGUAUGUAUGUUUCCGAAAAAUAAUUAUGUAAUGGUAUGUUUUAUAAUUAUGGUCUGAAUUUUGAUUAAGAUAGGUAAAUGAUUGUGA